CGGCCGCGGCGGUCACGCCGGGGACCAUGGCGGCUUUCGCGGUGCUGCGGCGGGCCUGGAUCUCGGCGGGGGGCGCUUACCGGCAGGUUCACCGGACAUCCACCCCCCUGAGAUGGUCACAGGCCAAAACUUGGUUAGCUUCUGAGCGGCAUUCUCAAAACGGUUGUGUUGUCCUUUUAAGGCCCACAAUCCGAUGUCAAAGCACUGCAGCGGUUGCAGGUGCCCAGGUUGCUCAAGCUGCAGCAACCCCACCUGUAGAGAAUGUCCUCCCUGUAGAGGAGCUUGGCCAACUCGUGCAGGAACCGACUCUGGCCGAACUGGGUCUGGGAAGCAGCAGCCCGGUGGGCCUAAUCAUGAAGAUCUUGGAAUCUUUCCACCUGGACCUGGGGCUGCCUUGGUGGGGAGCCAUUGUAGCAGGGACCGUCCUAGCCCGCUGUUUGGUCUUCCCGCUCAUUGUAAAGAGCCAGCGAGAGGCAGUCCGACUCAAUAACCAUUUUCCCCAAAUGAAUGAGAUGAAUACCAGAAUCGCUGAUGCCAGGAAGUCGGGGAAUCAGAAAGAGUUUGUAAAGCUCUACACGGAAUUGAACCAGUAUCAGAAAGCCCAUAACAUUAAUCCUAAACUAGGACUCAUUGCACCCUUGGUCCAGGCGCCCAUUUUCAUCUCAUUCUUCUUCGCCCUGCGCAAAAUGGCUGAGUUCCCUGUGCCCAGCAUGGAGACUGGGGGGCUGUGGUGGUUCACGAAUCUCACAGCCUCUGAUCCUUACUACAUUCUACCCCUGAUGACCACCGUCUCCAUGUGGGCUGUUCUGGAGUUUGGGGCAGAAUCAGGAGUCUCAAAUCCAAACUUCCACAUGAUGAAAACAGUCUUCCGGGUGAUUCCUGUUCUAUUGUUGCCGAUCACGAUCAACUUCCCAACGGCCAUCUUCACUUACUGGCUGACUUCCAACCUGUACUCAGUGGCACAAGUAUCAUUGUUACGCUUGCCUGCCCUUCGCGCCUUUUUCCACAUCCCUAAUCAGAAGGUGCACAGCCCUGCAGAGCUACCUGCCCAGAAGGGAUUAAUGGAGAGUGUCAAGAAAGGAUGGCAGGACAUACAGACGAGAAGAAGAUUACAAGAACGAGAAGACCGCAUCAAAAACCACCUGGAUUUAGCAGCUGCGGGGCCGCUGCGCCAGACCUUUUCCGAGAACCCUUCGAAGCACCAGCAGCCCGCUCCUAGCGAGCCACCGCCAAAAAAGAGACCAUGGGAAGAUACAUUAGGCAUACAGUAG